UUGAGUAUCUCUUCAAAGCUCACCCGUCAGCAGCCAGAAAACUCAUGGCUUAUGACCAAUCUUCUAGAUAACGACACAAUAUUGCAAGCAAGCAACUAAUUCGAGCCCGCCGUUGAUCUGAUCUGAUCUGGUGCUCUCGCCGAGCCUUUCCAGACAGUGUGUUGAUGCCCCACCAGAAACCCCGCCGCGGCUUUCCCGUCAGCAACAAACCACCUCCUGCUUACUACUUACUUACCACCGACCAAGUCUACCCCAACUUCUCUCGCAUACCCGGACUUAGAUCUUGCGCUGCGCUAUCGCAAACCUUCUCCACCAUCUUCCGCCCUUUUACCAUAUAGACCGACCGUCCAUUCAAGAUGUUGAUCAAAGUGCGCACCCUCACCGGCAAGGAGAUCGAACUCGACAUCGAGCCCGACUACAAGGUCUCCCGGAUAAAAGAGCGAGUCGAGGAGAAAGAAGGCAUCCCACCGGUCCAGCAACGACUGAUUUUCGGCGGAAAGCAAAUGGCCGACGACAAGACUGCCGCAGAAUACAACCUCGAAGGUGGUGCCACACUACACCUGGUUCUCGCGCUUCGGGGUGGUAUCUAAAUGGAAAUUGGGGAAAAGAGAGAAAGGGAGAGAGGAAGAGAGUCCUCUUUCUGAAAUGCUAUGUGGAAUAGUAAAUCGGUUUUAUUUUCUUUCUUUUAAUCUUCACUCCGAUAAUCUCUUGUUCCGUGUUUCAGGAACUGGCUUUCCUGAUAAGACGGAAUUGUUCAUCAUGCUUUUUUUCGCAGGCGUACAGAAUUCAGGGCGCAUGAACGUCCGCUUGGGCUGUCUCCAUCCUCGCCCUUGUAAUGUGC